UAACAUGUACUCGGGGUUAAGUGUGUAGCGCUCUAAUCCAAAGGAAAAUUACUUAUUUUAAAAGCAGUAAAAACACAGCAUUCCUCUGGCACAGGAUGAAGACCAACUCAGCUCUUCAGUCCUAGAUCAUUAUCUAUUGUUCUCCAAACAGUAAACCACUCUUUCACAGCGAGAGGCUGUGGGUUGCAGUCCUGUCUGAAUCCUGGGCUCCUCGUGAAUAGGAAGUAAAGGGCUCUGACCUAGAAAGUGGAGGUUCUGAGCAGGGUAAAAUGGGGUCUCAGAAAUGUGGAGGCUGCCUAAGUGGUCUGCUGAUUCCGCUUGCACUUUGGAGUAUAAUUGUGAAUAUACUAUUGUAUUUCCCAAAUGGGCAAACUUCCUAUGCAUCAAGCAGUAAACUUACCAACUACGUGUGGUAUUUUGAAGGAAUCUGUUUCUCAGGUAUCAUGAUGCUCAUGGUUGCAGUAGCUCUUCUUGUCCUAGAGAGUGACAACAAUUGUCAAUGUUGCCAAAGUGAAAACUGCAGCAAAAAAUACACGACACUGCUGUCAAUUAUAUUCUCUGGCCUUGGAAUUUCUUUCUCUGGAUACUGCCUGGCCAUAUCAGCUUUGGGCCUCGUCCAAGGCCCAUACUGCCGCACCCUCAAUGGCUGGGAAUACGCCUUUGAAGGCACUGCAGGACGUUUCCUAACAGAUUCCAGCAUAUGGAUUCAGUGCCUUGAACCUGCACAUGUAGUGGAGUGGAACAUCAUUUUGUUUUCCAUUCUCAUAGCACUCAGUGGGCUUCAAGUGAUCAUCUGCCUCAUCAGAGUAGUCAUUCAGUUAUCCAAGAUACUAUGUGGAACCUAUUCAGUCAUCAUCAGCCUGGAAUCAUUUGAAUGAGGACAAGAAUGUUUUCCAUUAUCAAGUUAUGGUCAUCUAUCUUCUAUAUAAGUCUUUUACUUAGACUUGGCAAUAUUCAAAUGAUAUUUUCUCCAUUUGGUGUUCAUUGUAGUCAUUUGUGAAAUUUACAGUCCUCGCUGAAAGUGCAAAUUGUGCCACACUUUUAUUUAGAUUUUUUUCUAAGCAAUAUGUGUCAAGAUCUUUAGAAAUGUUUAUUCACUUUGAGCAACAAGUCUGUUUUCAGUAAUCUGUACUUUGGAAAUAAAUAAGAAUAAAAGAUGAAACUUUAUGCAAAUUG